CCUAACAGGAACCCGUUGCCUACACCUGAGCCUUUUUGAAAGGCUUAUCGCCCAAACUUGGCUUCUCGCCAUAUUCAUCAUGACGACUGCAUUGAACAUGUGUCUGUACUCGCUGACGCUCAACCCUCCAACGGCCAUUUCACAAGCCAUCGUCGGCCAGUUCUCAGGAACCAAGGAACAGCAGAUUCUCACAGUCUCGGGCUCUCUCCUGACCCUCUAUCGUCAUGAUCCAAUCCGGGGUAGGAUCUAUUCAUUACUUUCGAAUGACCUCUUCAGCAUACUUCGAUCGAUUGCCUCUUUGCGUCUUGCGGGAAGCGCGAAAGCCAACUUCUUAGACUAUAUUAUCGUUGCAACUGACUCUGGCAGCAUCGCUGUUCUCGAGUAUCUAGUGGCCCAGAACCGUUUCUCUCGCGUUCACUUGGAGACGUUUGGCAAGUCUGGCGUGCGCCGGACGGUCCCAGGCCAAUACCUGGCUGCCGAUCCCAAAGGCCGAGCCUGUAUCAUUGCGUCUAUCGAGAAGAACAAGCUCAUCUACGUCUUUAAUCGCAAUGCUCAAGCCGACCUCACCAUAUCCUCUCCGCUCGAAGCGCAGAAACAUGAAGCCCUUGUCUUAUCUCUCGUGGCUCUCGACGUGGGCUAUUCGAACCCUACUUUUGCAGCUCUGGAGACAGACCACUCAGAGUCAGACCAGAAUCCCUCUGACCAAGAAUCUCUGGACGUUGAACUCGUUUACUACGAGCUAGAUCUAGGCCUGAACCAUGUCAUCCGCAAGUGGUCAGAAACUGUAGACCCGACGGCAUCGUUGCUCUUCCAAAUCCCCGGCGGGAACGAUGGCCCAAGCGGCGUUCUUGUCUGUGGAGAGGAAAGCAUUACAUACCGACACUUGAACUAGGACUCUCUUUGUGUCCCUAUUCCCCGGCGCUGAGCAGCUACAGAAGAUCCACAACGGAAGCGAACUAUCAUUGGCGGGGUGAUGCACAAGCUCAAGAACAGCCCAGAGGCGUGCUUCUUCUUGCUCUAGAUAGAAGACCGCGACCUUUUUAAGCUGGCGUUUGACAUGCAAGAUAACAAGGGUAGUCUAACAGGAGAGGCGCGGCGUAUGAAGAUUGAGUAUUUUGAUACUCUCCCAGUUGCGAGCAGUCUGUGUAUUCUUAAGAGUGGGUUUGUCUUUGUUGCUGCUG